UGGAACAAAUUUCGAGACUGUAGUUCUCUGUGUGUCAACGUAAAUCGAAUUUAUUAUUUUUAUGUUAAAAUGAUACCGAAAAUACACAAAACAUGGAAAAGCAAGUGAAUAGUAGCAGCAACAUGGUUUUCCUAGAUUAUGAUGAGCCAAAACCAUCUAAAGAGGACAACAGUGAAAUAAACAAAGAGAAAACAUAUGCAAAGGCAAUUUAUGAUAACAAAGCCGACAAUAUAGAUGAGCUUGCAUUUUGUCGUGGAGAUAUAUUGAAAGUAUUGGAACAAAACACUGGAUUGGAAGGAUGGUGGUUUUGUGAGCUAAGAGGGAGACAGGGAAUUUGCCCUAGAAAUAGACUAAGAAUUCUAAAUGAUUUGCCACAGCAUCAGUCGAAUACAGACCCAUUCAACCAAUUUAUAUUUGGUACACUAAAUUCCAAAUUUCAAAAUGAAGAUACAAAUUACACAGAACCACGUCUUACAAAGAAGCAUAGUGAGAUAGAGACACCCAAUAAGGUCAUAACUCCCAACAAAUUUGGUGAUGUGAAUUUGUAUGAAUUGCUGCCUAAACAAAGUGAAACAUCAUCAUCUUUUUCAUCAAUAGUAUUAACGUCACCUACUAUGUCUUCAGAUCAAGAAAAUUACGACGUACCAAAGUCUGCUACUGCAGUUAACUAUGAUAUGCCACGUUCUUUAAGUCGUUCAACAUCAAUUCGUGAAGUACCUUCUCGUGGAGAAGAUUCAUACGACAUUCCACGUCCAAUAUCGAACCUACUGUUGCAACGUACCUUAACACCAAGUAGUUCAAUUUCAUCACUUCUUACUUCUGAGAGUUUUAGUUUAUCUUCCUCAAAUCGUAGCUCCAUGGUGAUUCCCGAGUAUGAUAUUCCCAAAAAAUAUUCACAGGCAUUUCUUCGACAAACUCCACCGCCUACACAAUGUCAAAACACACCAAUAAAUACUUAUGAUAUGCCUCAUACACUUUUAUCUGGUCAAUGUCCAACAGCUAAAAAUGUUGUAUGCAGUGCAAUAAAAGAGCUACCUCUUGAGCUAUCAUCUGCUUUGGAUACAUUAGAUCGACUCCAAACUGAAGCUACGUCAACUGUAACACGUCUUCUUUCUUUUGUAUCUCCUAACUGGAGAGCUCCUGAAAAACUUGAUUCUAUUUUAAUGGAUCUCAAACUUGCGGCAGUUCGCUUGCGUACAGUACUUCAUGAUCUUUCUCAAUUUGGUGAGGGAGCCUUAGGAAAUGCUGCAAAAGCUGACGACAAAGCUAUAGCAACAAAAUUACGUCCUAUGGUGAAAGCGCUGAAAGAUUCUGACAAACUGAUUUAUGAUGCAUCAAAUGAUUUAGAUUCAAUGGGAUGGUCUUUAGAAGCCCUUCAAAGAUCAUCUGUAUCAAUCUCUACGAACCUAAGUCCGCCUGAUAGCCUUGAUCAAUUAAUUGCGUGUGCUCAAAAUCUUACAGACGAUGUACGACAAAUGGCUUCGUUCAUCCAUGGGAACGCAACACUAUUAUUUAUUAGACAUGCUCCAUCUGCAACAACUUCCACCAGUAACAGUACAAGCGAAUGGCUUGAUGACUAUGACUAUGUAAGUUUAGAAACUAAAGAUGCGCUUGCAAAAAAAAAUGCAGAAAUAAGGGAUGCAUUGCCUCAAGAUCUUCAAAAGGGUUUCGAAAAUAUUGUUAAGAGCGCUGAAAGUUUGUAUAAUGAAAACUCAUCAACAAGACUCGAUCAAAAUGACAAAACACUUCUCUUAUAUUACACUGCACAAAUAGUAACGCACAUGGGUUUUAUGACGGAAGCGAUUGAUGCAUUUUUAGAAACCGUAGAGCGAAAUCAACCACCAAAAAUAUUCCUGGCUUACGGUAAAUUUGUUAUUUUAAGUGCUCACAAUUUAGUCAAUAUUGGAGACAUUGUUCAUCGAAAUGUAUCUCCCCUAAAUAUAAAGACUCAAGUAUUAUCAUGUGCAGACGCUCUUUCUGAGGCAUUAAAACAAUGCGUUUUAAAGACAAAAAAGGCUGCCCAACACUUCCCGAGUGUUAAUGCUGUACAAGAAAUGGUAGAUUCUGUCGUUGAUAUAUCUCAUUUAGCAAGAGACCUCAAAUUUGCUAUGCUACAAAUUUUGUCUCCUGCUAUAAUCUAAUUGAUUACUUACUUAUAUAAAUAAAAAAACUUACUGAUAAUUACUACAAUAAAAAUACAGAUCAUUUUUUGUGGUUG